AUGAUUGGAACCUCAAUGCGGGGUGGCUAUGAGGGAGAUGAAUAUGAAGAAUAUGAUGAUUAUGAGGAUGAAGAAGAGGAGGGAUAUGAAGACGAGGAAGGUGAAGAAUAUGUGGAGGAAGAACCUCGGAAGCCUACUCCGGAAGAACUGGAUUACCUUGAGUUGAGGAAGAAGUUGAAAGAAUCAAUUAGAAAAAAGAUGAAGAAGGAGAAUAGUAUUUCUCUUGCAGAUUCCAGUGGUAGAAGGAAGCAAGUUCAUUAUGAUAAUUAUGGAUCCUUUUUUGGCCCAUCUCAACCAGUUAUUGCCCAGCGAGUAAUCCAAGAGAGCAAAUCCUUGUUAGAAAAUCGUCAUUUGGUGCCCAAGCCUUCUAACUCACCUCAAAUUAAUAGAGGUACAAAUAAAGUUUCUAACGGUGUAUCAAAGUCUUCAGCUCAUAAGCAGCCGCCCAGAAUCAAUGAGCAGAAGCUAGUUAAAGCUGAGAAACUCAAGGUUACCAGAGAUUACUCAUUUCUUUUGUCCGAUGACGCGGAUAUUCCUGGUCCAUCAAAAGAGCCUCCAUCUAGGAAUACAUCUGUGCGCGGUUCAGUGGGACAAGCAGCUCAAGUUCCUGGUAAGAGUAAACAUCCUUUGAGCAAUGGUGGCAAACUGGUUCGUAGUACCGGUGAUAAUCGGAGACCAGUUGCGGGGGCUAGUCAUUUGGCUCCUAAACCGCAAUCCAAUUAUAAGUUGAGUUCUUCCAGCCAGGCCAGUAAGGCGUCAGUAGAUUCUAGAAAACAGCUUGGUAGCAACAGUGGGAAUGGACCAGGCCGACCAAUGGGGUCAAAAGGCCUGCCUUCAAAGAUGCCUGUUAAUACCAUGGGGAGUAAAUCGGUCAAACCUGGCAUGAGAAAUCCUGUGAACGGUGUGCAGAAGCAACCCCCACCAAAGGGUGUGUCAUCUGUUCCAAAGCAUAGUCUGGACCAAAGAAAAGAUGUACGAGAACUGCAUAAGUCCAAAAUAUUACCGAGACCGCCACCGAGACCACCAGUAGCGUCAUCAAGAGCUCAGGUCAGUAAACCCCCACUUAAACAAAUUCCUAAGCGUCCUGAUUUGCAUGAUCAGCGCCCCAAGAGUAAACCUCUGAAACGUCGCCUUGAAGAGCCUGAGGAUGACGUGGAUGUUAGCAGAAUGAUCAGAUCCAUGUUUAAUUACAACCCCAGCAGAUUUGUCGAUGAUGAUGACGUCGAUAAUAUGGAGGCAGGCUUUGAUGAAAUUGUGCGGGAGGAAAAGAGGAGUUCUUUAAUUGCUAAAAAGGAGGACGAGGAGCAACUUAGGUUGAUUGAGGAGGAAGAAAGAGCGCGGAGGCAAAGGAUGUUAAAGAAGCGGAGGGUUGGGGAGUAG